CGGUAUUCAGAGUGGAGCCUGUUACUGAUACAGAUAUACCCCAUCCAUUCCUCCACGGCGAUUCCAAGCUACAUCAGUGUAAGCAGUGGAUCAUGUCUACAUCAAGAGAACAUCCCGCGUCCUCAACAGCCAGUUCCGCAGACAUCCUGCAUGAGUUCCAGAACACAAUGGACGAGUUCGCCAAGGCAAGGUUGUCGGAAACGUUCACUCCAAGUCCGCCCUUCAAGGAUGUGACCCCGUCUUUGUCAACGUCGUGCCGUCGCCGACCGGGGGCUGCCCAAGGUCUCCGCCGUCUGUCCAUGUCCACUAUCGGCUGCCUCCCCGACAAUGUCCAGCAGGCCAUACAGAGCUUCUCAAUUCAGGAUGGUCGGCAGCACAUCACAAUAGCCUUUCCACACAUGGUUAAAGACUUACGGAGAUGCUCCAACAGUUUUACCAAAUCCCCUUUUGGACAUGGACUAUUCUUCCAUCAUGAAAAAUCCUUCAUCCAAGGAUUUGAUUCCUUUUCUACAUUCUAUGAAGAUCGCUGUUCCACGUCCCGAGUGUUACUACUGACCCUACUGGAGACUGGCAGCACUGUAGGAAUCACGCAGCACUUCAAGUCUCUGCUCGCACUGCUGCUGGACACCAAGUCGCCACUGUCCAGCUGGAACAUGCCGGUUUGUGUUACAGACGCCACGGCGUCACAAUUGGAUGACGUCAUCAAAACAUGUGCACAAACUGUCCUGGAUAUCCAAAGGGAGAAUCUAACAAAAACCUACCCAUCAGAAACAAUGUCUGGACUGUACAAAUACGUGAAGGAAAACAUAAUAUCACCCAAGUUCUGCAACUAUCACACUCACUUGGAGACGUUACUAUACCAUUGUCUGGAGCAGUGUUCCUACACAAACCCCACCCAAGUGUUCGAGCUGAUGACAUACAUUCAGUCAAGCGACUGUAGCGAAAAGGAAUUCCUACAAGUUCAUUCUUUUAUGCAGUCCACCAGUACAGAAGCGCCACUCCGGGAAUUAUGGCUGUCACUAACACGAUCCCGUCUCAUCUACAAGUUGUUCCCAGCCUCGAGACGGUCCCAGGCGUUCCCAGUCGUUCCUCACCUUGACAUGAGGGCUUUGAGAGAAUAUGACUGCUUCCAUAACACAUCACUUAAAGACGUACUCCAGGCUGUCUUCAGGGCGCUUAAAUUCUGCGUAGAGACUCCGUUGGAAGUGACGAGAUCAGGGCCCAGCGAUGUACCACCUGUCCAGAUAUCAUGGCGCACAGGUCACCGGCCAGCUAGGGGCGUACUGAACUCAAGAUACAGCAUCAACGAAGGACACCCUGUUUCGUCACCGUUCCUUUCGUUUUCUGGACUUAUUUGUCCGUGGGACCCUAACAUUAAAUUCUAGGACAUGACAUGGUUGUUUUCAAUGUAUAGUGAAGAGCUCGCUACACACACGUCAUCAUUAAUACACGGCGUGAGUGAGUGAGAUGGGUUAAAGGCUGUCUUGUACAGUAUUUCAGAUAUACACUGCGUGUUAAUGUGAGGCCGAAGUGAUGCUGUUCGUAUACCUUUACCACUUGGGGUGAAUCCACGA